AAAUACAUAUCUCACCAAGUCCGGCGCACAUUAGCUAACCAAAUGGCGUCACUCUGCAACCCAAUCCUCUUCCCACCAACGGCGAUUCCCGCCCAAACCUCAAUCUCCGGCGGCUCUAUCCUGCGCACCGCCUUCUUCGUACAGCACGCGCCACCGACAUUUUUCACGGCGAGAAUUUCUCCGAAAGCUCCGAAUUCAGUCCUAGGUCAGAAGUUCGUCUACCCUGGUCCAGCUCCUGAUUUUGCAGCAGUUGAGACGCAGAGAUUCAAAGUUGAAUUGCUGAAGGAACUUUCAAAGGAGAAGGAAACAUUCGGUAGUGAUAUUCGAACGGUGGUUAGUGUGUGUGCAGAGAUAUUCAGUGAAUUCAUGCAUAAAGAUUAUGGAGGACCUGGAACAUUAGUGAUCGAGCCUUUCUCCAAUAUGAUGAUAGCACUAAACGAGAAAAAUCUCCCUGGAGCACCUUUAGCUACUCGAGCUUCGUUAUUGUGGGCCCAAAAUCACGUCGAUCAAGAUUGGGAGGAUUGGAACUCCAAAUUACGCAAAUGAUGUAAACAUAUUUUCUUCAGUUUAUUUCAUCCAUUUGAUAAUGUGGAGGAAAUAUGUGUUUCGGAUAUUGAAAUUUCACUUGAAAAACUGUAUCGGUCAAGACUCAAGAGAGAGAGAGAUAGAGAGAGAGAGAGGGAGACUCUACUUUGCCAAUCUUUUCUGUUGAUGCUAUAUACACAAAAGGAAUUAUUAAUCGAUGUUUUCCGAAUUUUCCGACAGGCAAAUUUUUCGUUUUGACUUUUAUCAGAUUCAAGACUCUGAAAUGCUCUGUAAAGACGGCCGCCAUGAUUUGGACCUUCCUAUGGCAGAAUUCGUCGAUCUUGAUCUCUGCUGAUGUCUCUCACGUCUUGUGGCCUGGAAAAAAAUUAUCGAUUUUCUUGUUUAGUAUGAUGUACAAGAAAAUGAUCUUUUAAAUGAUUAAUAUAACAUUUUUUUAAAAAAUUUGCAUCUGUUAAAGAAGAUAAUCAUUCAUUGUCAGAAUUACUUAAUUUUGUCUUC